GAGUUCUUCAAGGUAUUGUUUCGAGAACUGCAGGACCCUGCCCUUUGCUUCUUCAAGGCAGACAGUGAAUCCAAGCUUAUGUGGUUUGACACUACGACUCAGCAAGCGGUUGAACAGCUUCGUUUGAUUGGUAUCUUGUGUGGACUUGUCAUCUACAACUCAGUUGCUAUUGACUUCCAUUUUCCUCUGGCCAUGUACAAGAAGUUGCUGAAAAGACCUGUCAGUUUGGAUGAUGUGAAGGAAUUGAUGCCUGUCGUUGAGAAAGGUUUUAAAGAAAUACUGGACUAUGAUGGAGAUGACUUUGAGGAUUUAUUCCUCUUAACAUUUGAGUGUGCAUCCGCUGAACUGUUUACUGGAGGAGCAAGCAGAGCUGUCACCCAGAGCAACAAAAACGUUUAUGUUAGUCUUUCUGUGAACCAUCUCCUCAAUACAUCAGUCAAGGAACAGUUUGAUGCAUUCAGUGAAGGUUUUUACAGUGCCUCUGGAGGCAAAAUUCUGAACAUUUUUCAACCCGAGGAGCUGAGGUCACUGGUUGAAGGAAAUGAGGACUACGACUUUUCAGUGCUAGAAAGGAAUACAAGCUACAGAAAUGGUUACUGCAGAACUUCUCGAGAAAUUAUGUUUUUCUGGGAAGUUUUCCAUGAAAUGAGCUUGGUGGAUAAGAAGAAAUUUUUAUUUUUUCUUACAUCAAGUGAUCGUAUUCCUGUAACUGGCAUGAAGAAUAUAAAUAUAAUCAUUCAACCUCAUGAUGAAGAAGAUGGGAUGUUGCCAUAUGCUUACACCUGCAUUAAGCUCCUCUGCUUACCUCGUUACACAACAAAGCAGCAGCUGCAGGAAAAUCUUCUUUCAGCCAUUCAACAGCCUGAAGGUUUCCGGUUUGAUUCCGAUUGA